AUGGGGAACACUUCCACAAAAGAACGCUCACUUACCCCUCCCCACGGCUCACAUCACCAGUCUUCCGCAAAUUUACCUUCGUCGUCGCGCCGCGGAGGUCCUUCUGGCACUGGGCGACUGUCCAACACGUUACUUGGUGGCCCAGGAGAUAAUGGUGGCGGUGCAGGUGGAGGAUACUCGGGGCGUGGGAGGUCACGGCAUGGAGAUUUGUUUGGGUUGAACGGUCGGGAAACCAGGGAGCGAGAUCGGGAGGCAGAACGGGAAGCCCGGGAGCUGAGAAAGGCCGAGAGGGAGAGGGAGCGGCUGAAGGAGAGGGAGAGGAGCUUAAGGGAGGAAAGUGUUGAUGGUGGCUUUCUUGUUACGCAGGGAGUAUACACUGGUGUUGAGGAUUUUAGGGACAAGAUUGUCCGACAGUUAAUGAUCGAGCGCAGAUUAGCCCCGUUUUUCAAGGGUCUUUCGGAUCACGACUCAAACUGGACAGACUCGCAACUCGUCGCCGCUGUAAAAGGCCUUCCAAUCCCUUCCCCAUCCGCCACCCCCUCAAUACACGACCCUCUUCAAUCCCCCACCCCGCCAAGAUCUCCCGGCCCCUCCGACUCCACAAACAAUCUAACCAUACCAAUAGCAACCCGAUCGCGGUCGCAUUCCUACACAUCCGAGACGUCCAACCGUUCGGAGACUAGCACUCCGACACUCAACUUUGGUUCCCGCUCACGCGCAAAGACCAUCUCCAUAUCCUCCCCGCACAACCCCACGUUGGCGAGCAUCGCCAGUCCACUAGAAACCAAUGACCCGUCAAGAAUCGUCGACGGCCGGCCGAUAGAAGCGGUUCUGUACAAGAGUGCGGUCGAAUGCCCAAUCUGUUUCCUAUACUACCCACCAUAUCUCAACAAAACACGCUGUUGCGACCAAGAGAUCUGCUCGGAGUGCUUCGUACAAAUCAAGCGGCCGGAUCCACACCUGCCGGAGCACCACGACGAUCCUAAUAACCCUUCGUCGAGUAACAGCUCCCCCGACCAGCUGAUCUCCGAACCGGCAACCUGUCCGUUCUGUGUAGAGCCUGAAUUCGGCGUGAUUUACUCCCCGCCGCCAUUCUGGAGGGGAAUUCAAUAUGUGACGAAUACCGCCACUACCUCUUCGGGGUCAAACUCUACAUCGUCAACCCCACCACAGACGGUUCCCCUGUCACCGUCCCACCCGCCACAGUCCCCGGGUAGGAGGCCUGUCCUCUCCGUCACGUCCCCGGAAGUUGUGACAACCGACCGCAUCCGGCCCGACUGGUCACAAAAGCUCGCGACAGCCCGUUCCCAUGCUGCGCGAAGAGCCGCGGCGGCAACGGCACUGCACACAGCCGCAUAUUUAAUGUCCCCAUCACCAGCCUCGUCCUCCUCCUCAGCCACGCCAGGAAACAAUCCUCCAAGCACAUUCUCUUCCCGCCGCCUGAUCCGGCGUGCGCAGGCUGAGCUCCUCGCCCCAUCUCAGCCACCCCCACCUUCCACUCUCGCGUCCAGUAGUAACAAUACUAGCAACGCAAUAGCCACAGACUACCUCUCCCGAAGAAGCAGAAUGGUGGACCUGGAGGAGAUGAUGCUCCUAGAGGCAAUAAGACUCUCCCUCCAGGAGGAGGAGCAACGCAAGAAUAAGCCUGCCGAGGGUAAGGGCAAGAGUGUCGAGCGGACCGAUUCUUCGGAUACCGCUGCCAAGGCGGGGUGUAGUAGCGGCGCUGACGGUGAUAGCGGUGCCGAGGAGAACGCAAGCGGCGGCCUGGAGAGCAUUUUUAAUUUCAGAAGUUUCGAGCAGAUGAUUGCUGGGCAGGAGGCGCGGCGUCAACGACCACGACUGUGUACGGAGGAAGGAGGAGGAGGUGGUGGUGGGAGUGAUGUUGGAAAGGGCAAGGGCAAAGAUGGAAGUUCGAGCAGUAGUGGUGGUGAUGCAGGCAAUGUGGAGGACCUACGCUCUGCCAAAGGGAAAAUUGUCGAUAGGUCGUAGUCUUCGUUUCUGUUUAUGAUUGACGGAUUGAUGCAUACAUGCUGGAUGGAUGGAUGGUUCUACGUCGUUCAGGUUAGUCGGUUAGCACUUAGUUUAUGUCCCACACGAUACAAUACUCAUGAUACGACGCGAUGGAUGGAUGGAUCGGUCAAGUUAGGUUAGGAUAUGUUAACGGCAAAGCUAACGUCCGCACAGCGGUGGAGUUAGUAUUCUGUUCCCUCUCCCUUUCUUUCUCCCUUUCUUUCUUUGUCCUUUCUUCCUCCUUAUCCUCUAUAUUAUGGCUGGUCUGUGUCUAUCUGUUCGGCCGUUUUCUUCGCGCCUUCUGUUUUCUCAAUCUCUACUUUUUCAUCAUUAUAUCAUGCUACGUCUUCUUCUACAGCCCAACUUUGCCGCUGUUACACUGUUUGGCUGUUUAGUAGGGUGGGGUAGGUGGUAGGUAGCAGGUCACUAGUCACUUAGUAGGUCGGUUAGUCGGUUUGUUAAUAUUGAUUG